AUGGGUGGAGUGAUGUUACUGCUGUUGUUAUGCCUCUCGGCCGGGGCAAUGAUGGUCCGGGCCGAAGACCCGUACUUGUUCUUCACAUGGAACGUCACAUACGGCACCAUCUCUCCUCUGGGCAUCCCCCAGCAAGGCAUUCUCAUCAACGGCCAAUUCCCCGGGCCGAAUAUCAACUCCACCACCAACAACAAUAUCGUCAUCAAUGUUUUCAACAAUCUAGACGAGCCAUUCCUCCUCACCUGGAACGGCAUCCAACAAAGGAAGAAUUCGUGGCAAGAUGGCACGCUAGGGACCAGCUGCCCAAUUCCUCCAGGACAGAAUUAUACAUACCACUUCCAAGUUAAGGAUCAGAUUGGGAGCUAUAUCUAUUACCCGAUCACCGCCAUGCACAGGGCAGCUGGUGGAUUCGGUGGCCUCCGCGUGAACAGCCGUUUGCUUAUUCCCGUCCCCUAUGCUGACCCUGAGGAUGAUUACACCGUCCUUAUUGGAGACUGGUACUCCAAGAGCCACACCACUCUCCAUAAGUUCCUCGACAGUGGCAGAGCCCUCGGCAGACCUGAUGGAGUGCUCAUCAAUGGCAAAUCCAGCAAGAGCAAGGGCAAGGAAGAGCCUCUCUUCACCAUGAAGCCAGGGAAGACAUACAAAUACAGGAUUUGCAACGUCGGUCUCAAGAACUCCCUCAACUUCAGGAUUCAAGGCCACCCAAUGAAGCUUGUUGAGAUGGAGGGGUCCCACACGAUCCAGAACUCCUACGACUCCCUCGAUGUGCAUGUUGGGCAAUGCUUUGCCGUUCUUGUCACAGCUGAUAAAGAGCCAAAGGACUACUACAUGGUAGCCUCAACUCGAUACACCAAGACCGUGCUCACCACCACAGCUGUUAUCAGCUACACUAAUGGCAAAGGUCCUGCUUCGCCUGUCCUUCCUGAGGCUCCCGUGGGCUGGGCUUGGACCCUCAAUCAGUUCCGCUCCUUCCGCUGGAAUCUCACGGCCAGUGCAGCCAGGCCUAACCCUCAGGGUUCCUACCACUAUGGACAGAUAAACAUUACUCGCACCAUCAAGCUUGUAAACUCAGCCAGCAGGGAGGGAGGCAAGCUUCGUUAUGCCAUAAACGGAAUCUCACACGCAAACCCUGCAACCCCACUAAAGCUUGCAGAAUAUUAUGGAGUUGCAGACAAAAUCUUCAAGUAUGACACCAUGUCUGAUGAUGCACCAGCAACAGCUUCAGACAAGAUAACUGUGGAACCAAACGUGGCCAACAUCACUUACCGCACUUUCGUGGAGGUCAUUUUCGAAAACCACGAGAAGAGCAUCCAAUCAUGGCAUCUUGAUGGAUAUUCCUUCUUUGCAGUUGCUGUUGAGCCAGGAAGGUGGACUCCAGAAAAGAGAAAGAGCUACAAUCUCCUUGACGCCGUGAGCAGGCACACGGUCCAGGUCUUCCCUAAAUCAUGGGCGGCCAUCAUGUUGACAUUUGAUAAUGCCGGGAUGUGGAACUUGAGGUCGGAGUUGGCAGAGCGACGCUACCUGGGCCAAGAACUUUACAUUAGUGUUCUUUCCCCCGAGCGAUCUCUCCGAGAUGAGUACAAUAUCCCCGACGAUGCCCUUCUCUGCGGUAUUGUCAAGGACCUGGCAAAACCUCCACCUUACACCAUCUAA